CGAACCAUCUAAAGUGCAGGUGCUAACAUAAAUACAGCCUGCGGUUCUUCGUGUACGGGCUGUUUCUGGACACGUCGUACAUCGGCAUGGCCUCAUUCACGUCUGCUGGCAACGUGAAGCGUCGCACCAGUAGUGCGGCCAGCCACCGGCGGCCCUUCUGGGCCAAGACGGAAAAGUCUCUCAAGCUGUACAUCGAGAACCCGCGGGGCAGCGAGUCUUCGGCCAAGGCGCACUCACUCAAGGUAGUUGACUAUGGCAUCGACAACUUCUCGUACGAUCCGGACCAGCUCGCAGCUUUCGUGAUGCCGGCAAACCUUCCUGAGCGCAUUCCGCAUGAGCUUCUUGACAAGACUAUCGACUGGCAGAAGGCGGGCGCGGCACUCUGCACUACGCUGAAUCGCAUUAGCUUGUCAUACAACAACGCCGUGAACUCGGCCUUCCCGCACCGGUCAAAGAGUGUCUCGUUCGGAACGAGUUCCGACGAACAGGCGACCUCGGGCGCUGCAGUCUCGUCGCCUCCAGAAUCUCCACUGUCACCGAGUCCGAUCAAGGCCCUAACACUCCAUCAGCUGGAGAAGCUGACAACGACUGCACGCUCCGAGGUCACACUUCCCAUGGGAAUGGAGUCGCCACCCUACACUCCGUUCGAUGCUUCCAGCUACGGCUCACCUGUCAGUUUCGAGAAGGGCAAAGAAGCGGCUAAUCUGAUUCCCGAUCUUGCACUCGUUGACAACCAGCUGUCACCUCUGCCGUCUCUCGAACUGAUGUCAUCCGCCUACAGCCCAAUCUCGUGGGAGUACUUUACUAAGCAGUACGACGAGCAGCUGAGGGACUGCAAGAUCGCAUACCAGCGUGUCCGUGGCUACGGUCGAACCAUCGACAUCAUGCUUAUUGAGCUCAGCCGAGUCAUGAAGCCAGAGAUCAAGCUCGCCACCAUUGACUACCGUAAAUGGUGGGAGUCGUUGCAGCUCAAGGUCAGCGAGCUCCGCAAGGUUGUCGAGACUCUCAAGAGGCCAACCCUGGACAAUGUGACACAGGCCUGAGAGACUAUACUCGAAGGGUCUCCGUGAUCGUGCUUUGGGUCACAAGCCACAGAGGUCGGCGACUUGAUCGUCGCUCCUUCGCGCAUAAUGCACUGCACCUGCGAACAGCACUUCAGGACACGUUGAAUAUUACAGGCUGGUCCUUCAUGGCGCGGGC